AUGGCAGAUUGGUCAGAACUUCCGAAGGACCUUCUCUACGUAAUCUCCCAACGCCUCCAAAGCCCUCUCUACCUUCUCCAUUUCCGAUCCGUGUGUUCCUCAUGGCGCUCUUCUGGUUCAUUUUCUUCCCCUUUUCUCUUCUCUCACUCUAUCACUCUCACUCCCACCUUUUCCCUCUCCCACCGCUCCCUCCUCCUCCUCAAGCCACCCUCCGCUGAACCCCAUCACCGCCCCUGGCUCGUCAAAAUCUCCCACGACCCACGCGCCCGCACCGCGCGUCUCUUCCACGCGCUCUCCCGCUCCAAGCCUAAACCCCCCCGUUUCGCGCUCGACCUCCGUCGCUUCCCCGCUCUCGACCUCGGCCACGAGUUCCGCCUUUCCAACGCCUGCUCCUCCGUGGACUCCCUCUAUGACGAAAAGCUUGUCCUCCUUCCCGCCGACAGAGACCGUUUUGCCCUCCUCACCAUCCACGUCUCCGGCAAGCUCGCGCUCUUCUUCCGCGGGGACUCCGCCUGGACCAUAAUCCCCGAAAUGCCGACCCCCUAUGACGACGUCUGCGCCUUCCGCGACACCUUCUACGCCGUCGACGGCAACGGCCGCACCGUUACGGUGGGGUUUGACGGCGCACUGCGCGUUGUCGCGGAAUGCGUCUUCGGCGGGGACAAGAAGUUUCUGGUGGAGUGCGACGGCGCGCUGAUGAUGGUGGACCUACACUUGUCCACGGACUAUGAGUAUUUGGAAGAGGAGGAUAUUGGAUACAUGGGGUGGGAGAGGACGGUGAAGUUUGAUGUGUUUAGGCUUGAAGAGGAGGUGGGGAGGUGGGUGGAGGUGGCGAAUUUGGGGGAGUGGGUUUUGUUCUUGGGGGAUGAUUGUGCGUUUUCGGCUUCUGCCAAGGAUUUGGGUGUUGAGAGAGGGAACUGUGUGGUGUUUAGAGAUGAUAGGUUGGGUGGUGUUAGGGUUGCUAAUGGAGUGGGGGUUUAUGAUUUGGGUGAUGGAAGGAUUUCGCCCUUGUGGGAGUGUCCCAGCUUUUCUGAGCUGUUUUGGCCACCUCCGGUUUGGGUCAGGUCGCGUUGA